UGUUUCUCGAUUAUCUCGCCCCUUCCCUCUCUAUGUCUCUCUGUCCUCUUCUCCUUCUUCGACUGAGCUCGAGCUUCCUUUAUCAUCCAUGCAAACAAACCUCUCCGAAACUUACUCCCCUUCACAAACCCUUCAUCUUCCAUCCCCAAAUCUCUCGAUUCCAUCCAAUACCCUAAUUCUCAAAUUCUCUCUUUUUCCGAUUCAAUAACAACCCAUCUCCCCAACUUCUUCUACCUUCUUCAAUGGCAAAUCCAGAUGAGGAUUUGUCUUUAACAAUCUUUAAGAAGCCAAAAUAUCGCCUUAUGAACACCCCUUCUCUUCCUCUAUCCUCUGGAUGGUUCGAGAUUCGUCUUUUCUACGUCCGGGUAUCCCCUUGUGCAGAUGAGACUGUACCGGACCACCUAACCGUCCGCCACCUUCGCAGGGAGAUCGGGGUUUCAAUGGAGAUCAACGGCGUCCGAAUUCCGGCAACCGAAACGGUUUCCUUGACACUCAGGCGUGAUCGGCUUGACAAGGAAUCGUCUGAGGUUACUUACGUGAGUACCGAUUGCGUUAAGGUAACUGGUUCUGUUGAAUUCGAGGUUUGUGAGGAUGAAACUAUGAUGAUUUGUGGGUCAUUGGAGAUAAUGGAUUCUGCCUGGAGUAGUAAUAAUAAUAAUGGAGAUGAUGAUGAUGAUGAUGUUGAUGAUCUUAAGACGGGUUGGAGUAUGGAUUGUUAUACUUCUGCUUCGAUUACCAACGGUGGUUCUGCGUUUGUUCAGCCCAAAAUUGGUAUUUCAGCUCCUUCCUUUGAGGUUUAUAUCGCAGGUUGUUGUUCUGGGGUUCCUGUCAUCUUAACAAAGAUGAUUCAGAUUAGCCCUAGGCGAAAACCCACCAGACAUUUGACUCUGGAUUGCAUUCCUGAAGAAGUUGAAAUUGGGAAAACUCAAGAACAACGCCAAAAUGGUUUGGUUCAGCGAAAAUUACAGAUAACCGAGGUAGAUGUUGAGAAUUACGAAUCGAAUGGAAAACUCGCGAAUAGUAGCUGUUACUACACGGAAGAGAUGUAUAUGGGUGAAGACGGGCAGCUGUCGUGGUUCAAUGCAGGUGUAAGGGUUGGAGUUGGGAUUGGUCUUGGAAUGUGUCUUGGUCUUGGCAUAGGUGUUGGAGUUCUCAUGAGAUCAUAUCAAGCUACUACAAGGAACUUGAGGAGGAAGUUUUUCUGAACUUAAAACUGGUUCAUCAAAUUGGGGUAUAAGCGAAAUUGGAUAUGAUCAGACAUCAUCAAUCCUUUUGGAAGAAGAGACUAUAGAAGAAGAUUAUGUAGAUGGGUGGCGGGUAAAUCUUCUUCUCGUGUUUUCUUUUGUAUGUAGUUGCGACGAAGUUUCGGAUGGGGGUGGAGGGUGUACAAUAACUAGAGUGUAGCUGAGUUUUGUACCCAAUGCUUGCAAAUGAAAGAAAUAAUAGGAAAUAAGGUUCAUGUUGCAUGUUGGAUGAACUUGAAUAAUGAAAGGAGGAAUGCUAGUAGUGUUGGUGUAAUAAGAUUAAUAUAGUGGCUAAGUUUUGACUCAUCAAUCAUCAUCAUGUAAUUCUUUCAUUAGAUGAGAUUUCAAUAAGCUAAUUUAGAUGUCUUU